UGGACGAGUGUCGGCCGGGGUCUCUCUGCAGCGAUUUGGGUUUUGUGUGUUUGAAGCUGAGAUUGGUUAAAAGCGAGAGAACCUGGAAAGAGAAAGCUUCCCCUAGCCUUCUUUUCUUUGAAUUGCGACCCAGGUCCAAGAUGAACAAAGUCUGUGCUAUUUUUGGAGGCUCCCGGGGUAUUGGCAAGGCAGUAGCCCAGUUAAUGGCCCAGAAAGGCUACCGACUGGCGAUCAUCGCCAGGAAUCUGGACGUGGCCAAAGCCGCCGCCGGUGAGCUCGGCGGGAAUCAUUUGGCACUUAGCUGUGAUGUUUCUAAAGAACAUGAUGUUCAAAAUACAUUUGAAGAGAUGGAGAAACAUUUAGGUCAAAUAAAUUUCUUGGUAAAUGCAGCUGGUGUUAACAGGGAUAGUCUUUUAGUAAGAACAAAAACUGAAGAUAUGAUAUCGCAGCUUCAUACAAACCUCUUGGGCUCCAUGCUGACAUGUAAAGCUGCCUUGAGGACUAUGAUUCAACAACAGAGAGGGUCUAUUGUUAACGUAGGCAGUAUUGUUGGUUUAAAAGGCAAUUCUGGUCAGAGUGUGUACAGUGCCAGUAAAGGAGGAUUAGUUGGAUUUUCACGUGCGCUUGCUAAAGAGGUGGCAAGGAAGAAGAUUAGAGUGAAUGUAGUUGCACCAGGAUUCAUUCAUACAGAUAUGACUAAGGACUUGAAAGAAGAACAUUUAAAGAAAAACAUUCCUCUUGGGAGGUUUGGUGAAACUAUUGAGGUGGCACAUGCGGUUGUGUUUCUUUUAGAAUCGCCGUAUGUUACCGGGCAUGUUCUAGUUGUGGAUGGGGGAUUGCAACUCACCAUGUAAUUGCAGCUGUAAUGGUGGCUAGAAUCAAGGACAUACUUUGUUCGGCUGUUGAUUGGACAGUCAUACCUGUGCACAUGGGUCACAUUUGCUAAUCAGACCUUUAAUGCUACAAAUAAUGAUUUCUAAUUUUAUAUGAAUAUAUUUGAAAAUAAGGUCUGAUCAAUUUGUAUUUUAUUGUAGCAUCUAUUUUUAUAGGUUAUUGAAAUUUUAGUAUGAAGACAUUUUACCAGGGAUAUAAUCCAGUAUUUAUCUAUAUA